GGUACCGGCGGAGCCUCGUCCACCUCGCCUGGAUGUGCCUCUUCUCCUCCGUGCCGCACAGGCGGGGCCAAGGUGCUGGAGAGGACCUUCGAGGAGUGGAUGCGGUACCGAGACGAGUGCCUGAGGAGGAUGGCGAGCGAGCCGUACCCGGCAGGGCUCUUCUGCAACCGCACGUUCGACAUGUACGCCUGCUGGCCCGAUGGGAGCCCCGGCACCGCCGUCAACGUCUCCUGCCCCUUCUACCUGCCCUGGUUUGAGAAAGUGAAACACGGGCUGGUGAGCCGCAGGUGCGGUGUGGACGGGCAGUGGGUGACGGUGAACGGCAGCCAGCCCUGGCGGGACUACUCGCAGUGCGAGGAGGAGAUGGAGUCCACCAUGGAGGAGGAGGGUGCCCACAGGCUGAUGGUGAGCUUCAAAGUGCUCUACACCGUGGGGUACUCGCUGUCACUGCUGACCCUUGUCUCUGCCCUGCUCGUGCUCACCGUCUUCAGGAAGCUCCACUGCACCAGGAACUACAUCCACGCCAACCUCUUCGCCUCCUUCGGGCUGCGGGCGACCUCGGUGAUGGUGAAGGACGCGCUGCUGGAGAGGCGCUGGGGCAUGGAGGUGGUGCAGGUGGCCGACUGGCAGGCCCUGCUGAGCCACGAGGCGGCGCUGGGCUGCCGUGCGGCGCAGGUGCUGAUGCAGUACUGCAUCCUGGCCAACCACUACUGGUUCCUGGUGGAAGCCGUCUACCUCUACAAACUGCUGAUCGGUGCCGUCUUCUCCGAGAAGAAUUACUACAGGCUCUACCUGUACCUGGGCUGGGGGACCCCCGUGGUGUUCGUGGUGCCCUGGAUGGCCGCCAAGUACCUGAAGGAGAACGCGGAGUGCUGGGCGCUGAACGAGAACAUGGCUUACUGGUGGAUCAUCCGCAUCCCCAUCCUGCUCGCCUCCCUGAUCAACCUGCUGAUCUUCAUGCGGAUCCUCAAGGUGAUCCUGGCCAAGCUGCGUGCCAACCAGAAGGGCUACGCCGACUACAAGCUGCGGCUGGCCAAAGCCACGCUGACGCUCAUCCCCCUCUUUGGGAUCCACGAAGUUGUCUUCAUCUUUGCCACCGACGAGCAAACCACGGGCAUCCUGCGCUACGUCAAGGUGUUCUUCACCCUCUUCCUCAACUCCUUCCAGGGCUUCCUGGUGGCUGUGCUGUAUUGCUUUGCCAACAAGGAGGUGAAGUCGGAGAUGAAGAAGAAGUGGCAGCUCUGGAAGCUGGACCACCCCGCGCUCUGCUGCACACAGUGAGGGGCCCCGGGCGCUGCUCGGACACCGCCAGCCCCUCGUGCUCAUGCAGGAUGAGUGAGCGGUGCGAGGAGCUGAGCCUGCUGCUCCCCGAUCCCACGCCAUCACCUACCUCUGCUGGCACCACCAGACGAUGCCAGCCGCAGGAGAGGCCCAGCUGAAGCAGGAUGCGGGAGCAGGAUGGAUGCCGGGCCCUGCAGGGCUGGCACUGCCCCAAUCCAGGGCAUCCGCUCCUCACCACCACCCCGAGACGCCUGUCCUGGAGUCAUCCUGCAAAGCUCUUCACCUCCUCGCCACCCGCUGCAGGCCAUGGCAUCGGCACCUGCCUCCCUCCUCGCUGCUCUCCAGCCGCCCCCUUUCCUCCUCUCUGCGACCUCCUCCUGUGGCAGAGCCCCCCGGAGCCCCCCAGCAGCCGAGCGGCACGCACGCAGCUUAGCGCAGCGCUUGAACACCUGGGCUUGUGUUUAUCCUGCCCCUGCUGCUUCUCUGGUGGGCACAGAGAAAACCACAGCAGGGGAGAGCGAAGGACUCGGACCCCGGCCUGCCCUUGGCCCCCCAGGCCCAGCCACCUCCUCCUCCGCAGCGAGCCCUGCACAGGAAAGGCUCUGGGAUUGGGAAGAGAAGGCUGGCAAAAAGCUGGGCAUUUUGGGGCCCGGCUGUGAAGAGCUUUGCUUUCCAAGAGGGGGCCAAGCACUGGCUGCACCCCCUCGCUGCCAAGUAGCCUGUUGGGAGCCCAGUUUGCUGCCGUGGCCCAGCUCAGCAUCCCCACUGGGAGCACCCCAAGCCCAGCAGAGCCUCCAGCGGCGCCUCCACACCUCGCCUUGGAAGCCCAGCCCGGCUGCAACCGAGAGCUCCAUGUCCAGGACUGGUCCCAGUGCUCCCAAAAAAGGCGGCCACCAGCAGCCCCCCAGCCCCCUGGCUCUUGCCUUUGGCAGCAGGACAGAGGUGCUGUCCCGUCCCUAACUCCUGCCACGCCGCGCUUCACCUUGCCGAGGCCGCUCCAUCAGGAGGGAGGACGCAGCUCUUGCUCCCCGCUCCAUGCAAGUGGACACAGGCGGUGCUCCAGCGCUGGGCGAGGGGCUCGCGCAGCCCCUGGGCUCGUGGCUGAGCCUCCUGCAAACACGGCGGCUUGAGGAGAGCUGCCCCGAGCACGGGAAGGACAGAGCUCAGCCACAGCGGCACGCGAAGCUGGAGGGCCAAGCAGGAGGUUUGCCGGGCAGCUGUGAGCCCUGUGAGACCAUUUUGCACAUUGACUCUCUUCAGAUGUAAAUAAAUGUUUAUUUUUCAGCAAGCAGAGCAUGCCACGUGUCUGCUCUGAGGGAAAAGGGCUCUCAGGCACCAAGGUAAAGGCAGCUGCAUGUGUAAGGGCACUGAUGUGCGCUUAUGCACACACGCUCCUCACUUUAGGAUAUUAAACAGGCACCAAGAGCUCCUCGCUCAAGA